AUGGUACAUGCUGAAGCCUUUUCUCGUCCCUUGAGUCGGAAUGAGGUUGUUGGUUUGAUUUUCCGUUUGACAAUAUUUGGUGCAGUAACAUACUUUACAAUCAAAUGGAUGGUAGAUGCAAUUGAUCCAACCAGAAAGCAAAAAGUAGAAGCUCAGAAACAGGCAGAAAAAUUAAUGAAGCAAAUUGGUGUGAAAAAUGUGAAACUUUCAGAAUAUGAAAUGAGUAUUGCUGCUCAUCUCGUAGACCCUCUUAACAUGCAUGUUACUUGGAGUGAUAUAGCAGGUUUAGAUGAUGUCAUUACGGAUCUGAAAGACACAGUCAUCUUACCUAUCAAAAAGAAGCAUUUGUUUGAAAAUUCCAGGCUUCUGCAGCCCCCAAAGGGUGUUCUUCUCUAUGGGCCUCCAGGCUGUGGUAAAACACUGAUUGCCAAGGCUACAGCCAAAGAAGCAGGUUGUCGAUUUAUUAACCUUCAGCCUUCAACACUGACAGAUAAGUGGUAUGGAGAAUCUCAGAAAUUAGCUGCUGCUGUUUUUUCUCUUGCCAUAAAGCUACAGCCUUCCAUCAUCUUUAUAGAUGAAAUAGAUUCCUUUCUACGAAACCGUUCAAGUUCUGACCAUGAAGCUACAGCCAUGAUGAAAGCUCAGUUUAUGAGUCUCUGGGAUGGAUUGGAUACUGACCACAGCUGCCAGGUCAUAGUGAUGGGAGCUACUAAUCGUCCUCAGGAUCUUGACUCGGCUAUAAUGAGAAGAAUGCCUACCAGAUUUCAUAUCAACCAGCCUGCUCUAAAACAAAGAGAAGCAAUCCUGAAACUCAUCUUGAAAAAUGAAAAUGUGGAUAGACAUGUGGACCUGCUAGAAGUUGCCCAGGAAACUGAUGGGUUUUCAGGAAGUGACCUAAAAGAGAUGUGUCGAGAUGCUGCCCUCCUCUGUGUCAGGGAAUAUGUUAAUUCUACAUCAGAAGAAAGCCACGAUGAAGAUGAAAUUCGGCCUGUGCAACAACAGGACCUGCAUCGGGCAAUUGAAAAGAUGAAGAAAUCAAAGGACGCAGCAUUUCAGAAUGUUUUAACGCAUGUUUGUUUAGAUUAAGAGUAAAGUUCAUUUGUACAGUUGAGUAUGACCUGGUUUGGUGUGCCGUUACAUUAGGGGAAGAAGAAUGGAAGGAGGAAUGUUCUUUAAACAGUGAGGGAGUUGAAUGACCCUGGUUUUGUACUCUGAAUUCUAAGUUAUUGAGAUAUAGUUGUUAUAUAAACGGUAUUACCACUUGUCACAAAUCAUGAGGAGGAACAAUUUAAUCCAGCCUGAGUGUGGGUGCUCGAGUUUGACCUCUUUAGCCAUAUGUUGCAGCCUUAUAGCAUCUAAACUGGUCUUAAAAGUAACAUGAUUCAGUGAAAAAACGGGAUGUGGUUAAGUGCUGCUUUCUAGAUAGAUGAGUGUGAGUGUGGUUGUAAGUGUGGUUGUGUGUGUGUGCGUGUGUGUGUGUAUGUGUGUGUUAAAUGUAUAUAUUCUCACAUUUUAUAUUGACAUUCUGUAGAUAUGUUUGAAUAAGAAACUUUUUUUUACCCCAACUGCUGAAUCAAAAAAUACCGAAUAGUAUAUAGCAAAACUAAGAUUGAAGGUUGUAUCUAUAAUACAGUGGUUCAGCCAUUUUCAGUUGCCACUUGUUUCAACUUUUUCUUAAGUUGAGCGUUUCUUUGCAGUUGAAUAGUUGGGAGUCAGCCACAUCUGAAUACUUAGGUGUAGCUCCAUUAUUAAGGUUGUCAGGAUAAUCAAAUAAAAAUACUUGUUCAGUGAUCUGCAUUGAAUGGUUUUCAGGCAGUUGCAUGGUCAACACUGAUUUCAUCUCUUUCUGCAAGCACACUGAGUAAUUUUUUAAAUUGAUGUGUAUGUAAAGGUGGAUUGAAAGCCUUUCAAAAGAAUGGCUUGGAAAAACCUCAGUGCCACUCAAUAUAUACAUGUGACUUUUCCUUGCUUCAUUUAAUGUAACAUAGUUCUGUUGUAACCAUGGUUUUUUUAAAUGUUAUUGUAAAGUUAUAUGUUCUUUAAUUAUGGUCAAAUACAAUUUGAUCAUCAAAAAUGAAAGUUUGAAACAAGUAGUUGUUACUAAAUGCUAAAAAGACUCAUUUUGUAACUGAAAUUUAAAAAAUUUUCUUAGUAUAUUAUAAUUGUGCCCUAGUUAGUACAGAUACACACAUCAAAAUUCCCAUAUUAUUGUAUCUGUAGUCAUUUGAUGCAGUGUGCACUACAUGUAGGUGAACAAUUUUUUUUGUCUAAAAUUUCACAAACCAGAAUUCUUACAGGCACUUAAACACAGUGCAUGAGGCAAAUGGCACAAUGCAAUCUUGAGGCACCUUCUGAAUCAUCAGAAAGAUUAAAUUAUGCUUCAUAUAUUUUUGUUACUAUGUUUCUUUGAAAACUCUUCAUCUUUAUUUGUGAGUUACUGCAUUCAUUUCUUUGAUAAUAAGUCUCUCACUAGAACCUAUUGAAUAGUUUGUUUUUCAGUUUGUUUUGAGUGGUGGGUGGGGUAGAGGUUAUGGGAGAACACUUUGGAUAACAAAGCAAAUUUUGAAAAAUUGUGAAGAUGAUUGAAAAAUUGAAUGCAAAACACAGGAUACCAAAAAGCUUUCAUCUCCAUUUUUAAUAAUUAUACUAUUAUUUUAGAAAUGUGUAAUAAAGAGGUCCCUCUUAAUUGAUUUUUCUGUACUUAUGCCUUGGUCUUUUUCAGUUACGUAAAAUUUUCUGGGGUGGUUUUGGUAUAUAAAACUUGCCCUUAAGACUGUUUAUAUCUUGCCGUGUAGCUUUCAGAAUUUUACAUGCUAGUGUCUAAUACAUGCUAGUAUCUAAUCAUUAUUUUUGUUUAGUGUGAAUUUCAGUAAUCAUUUAAUUUUCAUCUGAUGACCUUGAUAAAAAAUAAGGGAUGAUGUAUUCUUCCUCGUGUCCUUUCUUUUUAUCUCUUAAAUUCAGAAUAUCCAGUAGUUGUAGUCAUUAAAUUUACCAUGGUUUUAAUUAUCACAUGAAGUUGGAGAAAUACAUUAAUCCCAGCAUCCAUGACCCACAUCUAGGCAUCUUAACGCUUUAAGGUAAUCGAAGAAACUGUAUUUUUUUUUCUUGCUUACAGUUUCUGACUGAACACAUGCAUCUUCCCUGGGUGAUAAAUGCUGGGAAAGGCCCUCCUUAGUUGGUUAGUUAGUUAUAUUAUAGUUAACAUGCAAUUUUGUAUAAGUUUCAGGUGUACAACAUAGUUAUUCCACAUUUAUAUACCUUGGGAAUUGAUCAGAAUAAAUCUAGUAACCAUCUAUCACCGUACAAGUUACUACGAUAGACUGUGUUCCCUAUGCUGUACAUUACAUCUCUGUAACUGAUUUAUUUUAUAACUGGAAGUUUGUACCUCUUACUCCCCUUCCCCUUCCGCCCCUCCUCCACCUUUGGCAACCAUCAUUUUGUUCUCUGUAU